UGUGUGUGUGUGUGUGUGUGUGUGUGUGUGUUGGCCGGCAUUAGCCCAGGUGGGAGAACUGACGCAUUGUCCUGGGCUCUGUGAACGAAGCUUGAAGAAACCAAACGUGUGAACAAUGAAGGAGCGCAGCGCACAAAGCUGGGGGGUUCAAGUGUCGGCUUUCCGCUUUUGUUCGGGAGCGCAGAAACUCCACCCUGAAAGUUCAUCCUAUAAGAGAUCAGGAAGGUUCCCUCCCAGCACACCUACGUCGCCAGACCCAGACCUCAGACGCAGUCCGAGUGCAACACCAGAGGCUCCAUCUCCAUCGCCUGCACCUGCAUAACCGCCGUACAGCGCCGGUUGCACUUACAACUCUCCUCAAAGUCUCAAGCAAAGCCGUGGACGUGCUCCUCCUCCUCCUCCCCCUCUUAUUGAGACGCAGCGGGCUCCCCGGCAGGUUACCAUGGCGUCCCAGGGCCUCCAGCUGAUGGGGGUGCUCCUGGCCUUCGUGGGCUGGGUGGGCACCAUCGCCACCUGCGCCAUGCCCAUGUGGAGGGUCACCGCCUUCGUGGGCGCCAACAUCGUGACGGCGCAGACCAUCUGGGAGGGCCUGUGGAUGACCUGCGUGGUGCAGAGCACAGGCCAGAUGCAGUGCAAGAUCUACGACUCCAUGCUGGCGCUGAGCUCGGACCUGCAGGCGGCCCGGGCCAUGGUGAUCGUCUCGGUGGUGGUGGGCGUGUUCGGGGCGCUCACCGCCAUCAUGGGGGGGAAGUGCACCAACUGCAUGGAGGACCCGACGGCCAAGGCCAAAGCCUGCGUCGUCUCUGGGGUGAUCUUUCUCAUCUCCGCCUUCCUGGUGCUCAUCCCUGUGUCCUGGUCGGCCCACACCAUCAUCCGGGACUUCUACAACCCCCUGGUGAACGCCGCCCAGCGCCGGGAGCUGGGCGCCUCGCUCUACCUGGGCUGGGGGUCGGCAGGGCUGCUCCUGUUGGGAGGGGGGCUGCUGUGUAACAACUGCCCCCCGAAGGAGAACCGGCCCUACACCGCGGCCAAGUUCGCGCCUCUCAGGUCGGCCUCUGCGAACAAGGACUAUGUGUGAGUCUCUCACGGUGAGGACAGGAUUUGGGUCAUAUUGGGUCCUGUGGGAAUGAAAGGGAGUACUAGGAUAGAAAUGACUAGGACUUGAUCAGUGUCUGUCAAUGUAUUUGAAGUAUCUUAACAAUCAAUCCAAGCUAUAGGCGCUUGACAUGUGUAUAUUUGAUUUGAUUCCUAUAGAUAGCUCUUUAUUUUUCCAUCAUAUGUUUUGCAUGUUCUGAAAGCCUGAUGCAUGAUACUAGUGUAUGAUUUGUAUUAAUAACAUAUAAAACUGAUAACAGAGGCUCUACAGGGCUUAUUGUUCUUCCUUUUGUAAGUACAUUGCUUUUUAAAAGGUUGAAAUUUAUCAAAUUAUUCUAUGUCUUAUUCUUCUAUCCUUUAAAGAAACAUUAAAA